GGGUGCGUUUGUCUUCUCAGCUGUGCUGCUGCUGCUGCUGUAAGGGGCGCGUCCGUCCGUACAGAGCCUGCAGUACCGUUAUGUGCGAUCGCGUCCUGUUUGUAUCCUUUACCGCUACAUUUCUCCGCAUCUAAUCCCAAUUACAAGACCACGGGGGGGACGCAUUUGUUGUGAAGAGGCGCGAUCACCCGGCGAGAUGCGACACUGCUUACACAGUCCGUCUUUCAACUGAGAUGGGAAAGCUGUUAAGUAAUUUCUGGGACCACGUGGUUUGGAAAUGCCAGGGUCUACAAAGGUAGCCCUUUCACUGAGUGGAUAGAGGCAGUUUCACAAUGCGCUCCGUGAGGAAGACGGUGUUGCUCGCCAUCCUGGCCUCUGUGGUUCUGGUACUUGCUCUCCUCCAUUCGUGGCCCACUCGGGCCUCCACCACCGUGGACAUCUGGCAGCGACCGGGGCCAAUCGAAGAGAGGCAUCUGGAGGAGAGGCUCCCGGAACCCGACCACCGCUUUGGAAACAUCCCCUUUCACGUCAGGGACAAUGUGGCGAGCCUGUUGGCUCGAAACGGAUGCGUCUGCGAGGGGGAGAGCGGGGGGUUGAACCUGCCCUUCGCCCAGCUCCUGUUCCCACGGGUGUCCGCUCACCCGCUGCACACCGCCUUCGAGGCGUCUGAGCUGGAGGAAAUGAAGAGGAGACGCGCUAAAGAGUACAAGAGCUUCCGGGAGAGGACACAGACGCCUGCAGAUCUUCUCCUCAUUGCAGAAGCUAACAAUCCGUUACAGUAUCCAACGCAAGGCGUGGAGGUACGACCUCUGAGAACGAUCAUCAUCCCAGGCUUGGCCUUAUACGACCUUCCCAGAGACCACUACUUAAUAAACAUCACUGCCACACUGGGAACACUGAACGUGGCGGCAGAGGUGGACGGGGUGAAAAUCAAAGGUGAUGGCGAAAUGCGCAUGACCCUGUCGAGCAUCCUGCUGCCGAACCUGAACAGACAGCUGCAGUUUGUCACCUACACGAACACUCUGUUCCACCCCAGCACGGCGGACACAGUGCAGUUUGAGACAGACGGGCAUCAAGCCAGCUUCAGCAUCAAGAUUCGCCACAGCGUGACGCCCAAAUUGUACAAUACAGGAUCCAAAAGAGCAGAGUACAAUAUCAGUGCCCUUGUUACCAUAGCUACCAAGACUUUCCUGCGAUAUGAUAAGCUUCAAGAUCUUAUAGACAGCAUAAGAAGAUACUAUCCUACCGUCACCAUCGUCAUAGCUGAUGACAGCGAAACCCCCCAAACCAUUUCGGGGCCUUACAUCGAACAUUACAUCAUGCCUUUUGGAAAGGGGUGGUUUGCUGGACGAAACCUGGCCGCCUCUCAGGUGACCACAAAGUACCUGCUGUGGGUGGACGAUGACUUCGGCUUCACUUCCAACACCAAGCUGGAGAAACUGGUGGACGUUUUGGAGAGAACCACUCUGGAUCUGGUGGGUGGUGCAGUGCGGGAGGCCACAGGUUACACUGCCACCUACAGACAGACCAUCUCCAUUGAGUCCGGGGAGGAGGACGGUGACUGUUUACACAUGAGGAGAGGAUUUCAUCACGCCAUCCAAGGCUUCCCCAACUGUGUCGUGACUGAUGGGGUCAUUAACUUCUUCCUGGCUCGCACCGAAAAAGUCCAGCAGGUCGGCUUUGACCCACGCCUCGCCAGGGUAGCUCACCUGGAGUUUUUCAUCGAUGGAUUGGGAUCUCUCCACGUGGGCUCUUGUGAUGAUGUCAUUGUCAAUCACGCCACCAAAAUCCGACUCCCCUGGGUCAGCCAAUCAGAGAGUGACAAGACAUAUGCCAAGUUUCGUUACCCGCCGGCUUCCUCUGACGCCACACACACGAAAAACGGGCUCCUGUUUUUCAAGAACCGCUUUCAGUGUUUGACUCGUAACUAGUUUUCCUUCUCUUUAUCCCGAGGGUUCCUCUGCUCUUUUUGAGUUGAAGUUCUCCUGUGCCACGUCCCUUCAUGUAAGCGUUUGAACACACACUUUGAUCUGCUUUUUAUUUAAUGCGAAAACAACGUUUCAAUACUGUAUCCGUUUCAGUUUGUUUAUUCUGUCAGCGCUACAAAAGUCACAGACACAGUUAAAUCCUGUGGUUCAUUUAAGACUUUCUUUUUGUUAAACUGUAUAUUGCAAUACAUCCUGGAGUUGUUGUUUUCACACAAAUACCAAGCUUUGGGGAAAAACCCAACAAGUAGCAUCGUACCAGUCUGUUUCACCUCGUUGUCAUUCUUGGCUACUGUGAGCAGAGGUACAUGUGUCCUCCUACAAUAUGCACUAUCCUCCAAAAAAGACUAAGCUUGGAGAAGCAACAGCGAUGUCUGAUGGCGUGAGAACGAGGACAGAACGACACUUCCCCGACAGGGACAAUCCUGUAGACGCAGACCAUACCAUCGGUAUUCCGUUCAUCGAUGCCACAUGAAGAACUUAUUCAGAACUUUCCCACCUUUCGGUAGCUGCGCUCUUUGCCCCAAUGGUUGUGCCAAAGGGUCAGGCUUUUUUUUCUUGUUAUUCAAGUCUCAACCUUUACCCAGAAUCCUGUAUGUCCUUUGUGAGAAUCUGGGGUCAACUGAUCUGGGAGCAGCCUUUUAUUUAUGUCUUCUGCUGUGUGUCACUCUCCACAAACAUCUAAGGAAGUGGGGCCUUUCUGUCCAUUUUUAUAUGCUGCUCAAAAGAAGUUGAAUGAACCAAAGUGCAUGUUUCUUUUUUUCUUUUUUAAAAGGGAAAUCAGAGACAAAAAGGCCUUUGUGUAAUUGUGUUUUUAAAACCUGCUUUCAUUCUAAGAUCUGUAACUGAGCUGUUUUUUUAUUUUUUGUUGUUUUUUAUUUUUAUUUUUUAACCGUAAUCUUUAUUGUGUGCCUGCAGCAGCCAAAACCCACUGGGGUGAGUCAUCAGGGCACAGGAUUAUCAGCGUUUUAUUUCAAAUGUUGACAUAUUAAAAUUAAUGUUAAAACGC